CCUGUUAAUUAAGAUACAAAUCCUUUAAUAAAUAAAUCAUUCCAACUAUAGAUCCCAUAACUUGUUACAACAAUUAUAACAUAGUUCGAAUUUUAUCAGAAUGAUCCAGCCAUAAAAAAUUAAAUUAUACAGCUCAACAAAGAACCAAAGUCUUUUUAUUUAAGAGGGAUGGCAAGAAACAGUGUUCCUCUUAGUGAAUGACUAAAGUGAUAAGCCGUGGCUUCCUUGUUUUUUGACUUUUUUAAGCUUUUUUUUUUUAACUUAAGUGAUUGAAUCGGAAUAUCACAAAUGUCUGGAAAGAGGAAAUAAAGAUAAUACUUUUGGAAAAUGGAAACUCAAGUCCAGGGAUAUAAAAAACGUAGGAGAGCGUGGAGGUUCAGGAGGUGUAUUAAUAUCGUUCUUCACGAGGAAAAGCUCCAACUCUGAAUAAUUAAACAACUCUUUUCUUAUCUCUCACUUCAGACAACUAGAAUAUAAUACAUACUAGUAGAGAAGAGAGAAAAAAAGAGGAGGCUGAAGACUAAACUGUUUUCUUCUUUCAAUCUUCUCCAAGGAUGGCUGAAGAUAUCUGUUACCUCAACAAGGAUGCAUUGGUUAUAAAGACUCCUAAGAAAUCUCCAUUAGUAUUGAGGAAGGUGCUCUUAAUUUUUGCGAUGGUUUGUGGAAUCUAUAUUUGUUCAAUCUGCUUAAAGCAAAUAACACACACCAAAACCAAACUAUUGAACAUCAAAGUCAUUGACCAGUCAUGUCAAGCUGACAACAUUGAACAAUGGGAAAUCCCCUUUGUACAUUAUCCGAAUCCUGUAACAUUUAGCAGAGAGGAAUGCGCAUGUAAUCCUGUACAGUACUUUGCCAUCUUGUCAAUGCAGCGAUCUGGAAGUGGAUGGUUUGAGACAUUGUUAAAUAGUCAUAUCAACGUAAGCUCGAACGGAGAAAUAUUUUCAGUUAAGGAUAGGAGAAUUAAUGUUUCUUCAAUUAUAAGGACAAUGGAUAAAGUAUAUAAUCUUGACUGGUUCUCUAGUGCAUCAAAAAACGAGUGCUCUGGUGCCGUAGGGUUCAAAUGGAUGCUUAAUCAGGGAUUGAUGGAUUAUCACGAGGAUAUAGUAGACUACUUCAAUGAAAAAGGAGUUUAUGUGAUAUUCCUGUUGAGAAGAAAUUUGGUGCGCAGAAUGAUAUCUGUACUUGCAAAUUCUUAUGACAGAAAUGCUAAGCUACUCAGUGGAACCCACAAGUCCCAUGUUCAUUCACCAGCAGAGGCAGAGAUUCUCGCUAAAUACAAGCCAAGAAUAAAUGCUACCCUACUUGUACCCCAACUAGAGCAAGUAGAGCAGACUACAGCCAAAGCUAUUGAAUAUUUGAGGACAACUCGCCACAUUGUUCUUUACUACGAGGAUCUUAUCAGCCACCCAAAUAAACUCAAAGACGUUCAAGAAUUUCUAAGGUUGCCAUACAGAGAGCUUACCAGUCGUCAGGUUAAGAUCCACGGUGGGCCGUUAUCAGAACAAGUUGAGAACUGGAGUGAUGUCCUUCAAGCACUCAAAGGAACAUCAUACGAGCAAUUCCUCCAUUCAGAUUAUUAGAUAUACAGUUUUUGGAUUUGUAAAUAACGUAACACCCACGAAGUUAAAUUUAAUAGGCCUUUAGUUGAUUCAUUUUCUUUUAUUCUUCGUUUUAAGCAUUCUGUUGGUGGGCAUA